CGAAUAGGAACAAGCAAACAACUGGAAACAGGAUUAUUGGAAGCUUGAUCAUAAACAGAUUGUUCAUUCAUAACAAAACAAUUCAUUAGUCAUCUAUCCUUAGGUGCGAGCGGUUUGUCUUGGGUAGAAAUGGUGAAAUAGGGCGGUGGUCAUGUUAAUUAUACGUUCUCAUGAUUGUCAAUAACGUAAUUAUUAGUUCACUGGAAUGAAUAGUGUUAUAUUAUUUUACAAAAUUAUAAGGAUGACUUGAGAAGCAAUCUUGAAGGUUAAGGAAGUGGACAAACUUCAGUUCAGUAACUUAUGCUUCAGUUGAUACUACUGUACUGAUAUAAGACCUAGUUUCAAGGAAGUGUACAUACAGAAUUCUCUGCAAGAUGCAUCUGAUGAAAAUACAGUUAGUGUAUCUCCUGACUUCAUUAAUGUGGAUUCACAUUGGUUGUGUUGAAAAUGCAGAAGUACCAGGUUAUUAUGUCGGCUGUUUCCGAUACCAUUAUCCUGACAAUGAUGCUCCUGAUUUUACGCAUAAAAUAGAUGGUACAGCUGCAGCACAAACCGUAGAAAACUGUCUAGCAGAAUGUCUGAAGCUGUUUUUCAGGUUUAUAGGACUUAUGAAUGGACAGUCAUGUUGGUGUGGCAGUAGCUUUGGUUCCCAAGGCGCUGCACUCUGUCCUCAAACUUGUUAUGGAAACUCCUCUCAGUUCUGUGGUGGUUUUCAAGCCCUCAGUGUGUACGCUACUGGCCGUAUGGUGCCUGGGCCACCAAAGAGACUGAUAAUAAAUCAGACAGAUGAGACUUUGAUAUCACUGACCUGGGAGGCCCCAUCAGCUCCCAAUGGUGCCUUGAGGGAUUGGACUAUCACAGCUACUAUGGUGGAGACGUUCUCUCAGACCCCUGUGAGUCCGCGGUCCUGGACCUAUCCUGUAGGGAUCACCCGAGCCAGGUUGCUGGGUUUGACUCCUGCCACUCGAUACAACAUCACAAUCUGUGUGGGCAACUCAUUUGGCACGGGACCACUCAUUUAUGAACUGGUUUGGACUCACAUUGCAGAACCAACUCAACCUGACACCCCAGAAGUUUUAAAAAAAGGUCAAAGUACUAUAACCGUCAAGUUGAAGCCAGUGAUUAAUGAAUUUGGACCAGUCACUAGAUACAAAAUAAUUGUAUCAACAGAUGAAAGAAACUUCUUUGAAGAUAACUGCCUCAAGUCAUGGAUUGAAUCACAAAAUGACAAUUUAACUUACUAUAUUACUGCAGAGCUGUGUCCCAAGGACGUAUUGAACGAGACAGAGUUUGUGGUGGGAGACGGCAAGCGCUAUAGUUGUGACAGUGACAAGAGCUGGUACAACGUACCUUUGGCAUCUAAGGAUCAGUAUCAUGUCAGUUUGGGUAUUGUCAGCAGUUUUCAAGGGCUUACCAAGACCAGUUAUUCAUCUGCUUCUCCUUCCCAUAAUGGCGUAAUUUUGCUUUAUGCACCACCAGAUGAAGAAGAUGGUGUAAGUGAAGGAUUAUUGACAUUCUUGAAAAUUGCUAUAGUCAUCGGUGGGUUAUUACUGGUGAUGUCUAUUGUAGUAUUUCUGUUGAUCCGGAGAAAGUAUGGAGGCCACCAUUACAGAAGACGGGACCAGCAAGAACUCAAUAUACGAGGAGCAGUAACUGAAGUGGAGAACAGUGCGUUUGUAUAUGAUGAAUACUUGCCUGAGGAGGAAGAGCGGAAAGUGGACUAUUAUGAUAUGCUGCACCAGCGAAUAUGGAACAUUCCACGCAAUUUUCUUGAUAUCUGGCCUGAAGUGCUGAGUGAGGGUAGUUUUGGCACCAUUUAUCGAGGCACAGUUCAACGCAAGAGCCAGUCAACAGAUGUUGCCAUUUACGCCAUUUUAGACAGUGAGCUAGCCACUGAAGACAAAAGGAGCAUGCUGGAAGGCCUGGAUAUAUUGGUGCGAGGAGGAGACCACUACAAUACUCUUUCACUUACGGGCACUUGUGAGAGCCAGGAUACUCUUUACAUUGUGAUGGAGUAUCAUCCUGCUACUCUGAAAGAUGUGCUUCUGCAGAGCAGGUGUUUACAACAUGGAGAAAAUCCCAAGUCUAAAUUCUGUUCUCUGUCUGAGUCAGCCGUGUUUGAAUUCAUUGUCGGCAUUGCUCAAGGAAUGGAUUUUCUUGCAUCAAAAAAGAUUGUCCACAAGCAACUGUCAUGUAGUAAUGUGUUAAUGGCUGAUGGAGUAAUACCAAAGAUUACAGGGUUUGGUGUAGCCCAGUUCAACAGAACAUCCAAAAAACAGGACUAUACCAGGUGGUCCGCACAGGAGGUGUUAGCUAGGAGAAUAUAUGUAACCAAGAGUGAUGUCUGGUCAUUUGGAAUUCUUGUUUGGGAAGUUUGUGCCUUAGGUGGAACACCAUACAGACAGACGGCCAAUGAACAGGUAGCUGGCGCUAUAUUGCGUGGACUUAGGUUGCACCAGCUUCAUUAUGUGGGUGAUUCCCUCUACCAGUUUAUGCUGCAAUGUUGGCAGAUAGAUGUGGAUGAACGGCCAUCAUUUCCUCAGAUACUCACUGAUCUGAAUGUUUUAUGCACUGAUUCUGAGCUAAACAUGGAGCUAAAUUUCAACGUAUACAAAGAUUUCCAAUAUGAAGGUUAUUCUGAAAACUUGGAACGCUACUGAUAUUUUAGUAUUAAACCAACAAACAAGGUGGAAAACGUUUUCAUCCAGCAUAUAAUUUAUUUUGAGUUAAAAAGUCUCAAGUUUGUUUUAAAUAUUAUAUGUAUGUAUAGUGACUUUAUUGUUGUUAUUUGAAUAUUUUAUGUGACAGCUAUCAUACUAUAUAACUUACAUGGUAGCUGAUUUUAUACUUUUUGAAACUACAUGUGAAACUCUGCCUAUUUGGAAUGAAUUCAAAAAUUAUUCUGCAAUUGUUAACUUCUAGUUCCAUUAUAAGAAAACAUCUAGUGCAAUAUCAGUUUUGAAUUCAAAUUACACACUUCUUAUGUACCGUCCUCUGUAGGUAGUUAAUAAUAUGUUUGAAAUGUACUUAUGUAUGUAAUGACUGUAUAUUACACUCUGCACUCUCUUCCACAAGUGUGUAAAAGGUAUUUUUAAAGACUUUAGAGCUCAUUUGAUCCAUCAUACUCGCAAAUUGUACACCUCUUGUUUUACAAAAACAAGAUAUCUUUUUUUGCAAAAACCACUAAGCAUUAUUAUAAAAGCAAAUAAUGUGCAUCAGAAGCUGGUGCUUUUCAAUGGUCUUGCUCCGCAAUAGUUUAAAAGUAGAUGCUAAUGGCAAAUCUCUAAAAUUGUAAAAAGCUUUUACACUUGUGUUUCAAUUAUCUCUUAAGAAUUUUGAUUUGCUUGUGUUACUUUCAAGUUAUUGGUAUAAAUAUUGAAAUUAGAUAAAUCUGUUUUUAAAAAAGCCUUUUGACUGGAGGAGGAGGAGUUUAUAAAUGCAUUGACAAAUGAAUCUCAUAGCAAACUGCCUUUUUUACUUAGUUUUAUAUUUUUAGUAAGAUUGUAUGUAUUAGUAGUGAUAGAGCACAAGUUGUAGACAAUAAGUAAUUGAACAUUCCAUUUAAAAAAAUUGAGUCUGAGGAUGGUGAUUGGAUGAUAAGUUUUAUAAUUGUGUUCAAUCAAACUGGUAAUCAAACAUGUAUUCUUACUGUCCUUUAUUUUAUUAAUUUUUCAUUAUUAAUUUAUUAAAGUGCUGAACUAGUGCCUUUGUAGAUAAUUACAGAGAAUGUAUAAAAUAAUAAGUAAAUUGAGGCUACAAAUAAUUUUAGUAAUUCAUUUAAGGGUAUGUUAAAUUAAUUUAGCAAUUCAUGUCUGUAAAACCUAAACACUAUUAUAGUACUAAGCAUUGAUUAUAACAAAAUUGUUUCAACCAGCAUAAACUUCUAUCAAUCAAAUAGUCAAACAAAAGAAAAGGAGAGGGUAUCAGACUCUCCUUUGUUAAAACUAUAUUUAUCGUAAAUUGUGCAUUGUAAUUACAAUGCAGGUUGUUAUUAAAAUUCACUGAUAAAAUAUGCUGAAUGGUGGAGUUGUAACUAAUGUUGGAGGAAAUGUCAUAAAUGAGAGACUCCCAAGGCAGGUGGAUUUAGAGAUAAGAAACCUCGAACAGACCUUUACAUUCCUCUUGAACCAACAGAUGAUGAUGAGAUAUUGUAUUGUAAUAGAAUAUCUUUAAACAUACAUUUCUGGCAAAAAAAUAUGAUACAAGAAACGUCAAAAUGACGGAACAUAAUGUUUCUGAAGUCAUAAGAGAGGUCUUAGGUCAGUUGUGUUUAACAUAAGGAAGUCAUACAAUUGUUAAAGUGAGAAAUAAACAGUUUUAACUCAAAUUAGUUGAUUGCAAAAGAGAAUUUUAUGAACACAAAAUCAGGAAUUCAGCCUUUGUUGGGAAAACUACUUACCAAAUUGUUAACAUGGAAACGGGAAAUUCAAAUGACAGUUUUUGAGAUAAUAUUAUUUUAACAGAAAAUGAGGAAACAAUAUCUGUUCCAGUGUUAGUAAUUUUAUAAAUUUACAAUUUGUCAAUACAGUUCAUAAUCUUAGAAAUAGUACUCGACCAAGUCUUGGAGUAAACUAAAUGGAUCCAAAAACUAAUGAAGGGCAUUUUUCAAAGAGGGGCCUUCAGGUAUACACCAGUAAAUUAAAAAGCAAUUUCGUGAAUUGUAAAAACUGAUAAUAAUAAAUCAUCAAGUAGUUAUAAUUAAAUUCCAAUUAAAUUAGUGACAAAUGCUAUAAAACCUCUUCUAAAACCAUUAGUACAUUUAAUACAUUUGUCUUUUAUAACUGGUAUUUUUCCUUCUGAACAGAAAAUUACAAAGAGUAGUCCCAGUUCAUAAAAAAGAAACAAGUCAGAACCCAAUAAUUGCGACCAGUAUCAGUGCUCCUUACACUAUCAAAAGUGUUUGAGAAAGCAAUGUUAAAUUGACUAGUAAACUUUCUACAGCACAAUGAACUGUUCAAUAGGGAGCAACAUUGUUUUAGGAAAGGUAAAUCAGUGGUUACAGCUCUGGUUGAUUUUACGGAACUAAUAGUCGAUUUAAUAGAUCAAGGUGGAAAACCUAUCGGUUGGAUCUCUCUAAGGCUUUUGAUACCAUCUCUCACAGUCUUUUACUAAAAAAAUUAGAAUCAGUUGGUAUCAUAGGGGUUAGUUUAAAUUAUUUUGAAUUCUACCUUUCAAAUAGAUCUCAAUAUGUAGAAAUACCAUUUCUUGAAAACAAUAAAAUUAGUAAAGUCUAUUCAAGAAAACUUGAGGUGGUGCAAGGAGUGCCCCAAGGUUCCAUUCUUGGACCUGUGUUAUUACCCUGAUAUAUUCAGGAAUUUCCUAGUAUCUUGGAUGAUAUUAAAGGGACUAAGAGUCAACUCAUACUUUUUGCCGAUGAUUCCAAUUAUUGAUCGUUUGAACUAAAAAUCAUAAUGAAAUUGAACAGAUUCAUCUCUCAAGCAUUCAAGAAUAUUUCUUUAGCAAUAAUUAUUUUUUAAUGUAAGCAAAACUAAUGUUAUUAGUUUUGGAACAAAACAGAAUAUAAUACAACUGAACCAAACAUUUUUAUUGAACUGGAUCAUCUCAGCCAAAUUUUCAAUACAAAACUUUUUGGAACAUAUAAGUACAUAACAUUUUUUUUAAUCAUUCUUGAAUAUAUAUAUUUAUAUAUUUAUCAUGCUCAUAUACACUUCUAUAUUGCUCUUGGUUUAUGUGUAUAUGGUGGAGCCUGUAACAAUAAUUUGGUUAAGAUUUUAAUCCUUCAAAAACAAGCAAUUAGAACAAUGUUGAACUUAAAGCAUUAUGAUCAUGUUAAAGAAUAUUUUUAAAAUUUACAAAUAUUUACGGUAUAUAAUCAAUAUAUAUUUGACUGUAUCUUUUUUUUAAUCCAAACAAAUUUAAUGUGCGCUCUGAAAUACAUUCCUGUAAUACAAGAUAUAAAAGUGAUUUACAUAACCUUCUCCGUACUAACGUCUGCUUCAGCGGACAUUGAAAAACAUAUCGAGACAUACUGAUGUCCGGAUGCGCGAUGUACUGCUGAGAUUUACCAACGUCCGCUCACCCGGACGUCUCGGGUUAUAUUUAUCUAAUUGUUAUCUGCAAACCGAAAUGUUUGUAUUAUAACUUAAAUUGUUGAACAAUACUUCUAUAUCAUUAUAUUUAUGCGUUAUUUGAUUUUAGCGAUUUAUUUGCCAUUUUAGCCAUUUUAUUAGCCAUUUGAUUCCACCAUCCCACUAGAACAGUGGGAGGCAGAGAUACCACAGUAAGUCAAACCAGUAUUUAGAAAAAAUACCUUUGGAUAGAGAAGUGAACUGUUCAGAUUGUAGUGCUGUUAGGACAAGUGCUGGAGGCAAAAGGAAAAAUAUUACCUUACUGAUGCAUUACUUGCAUUACCGAUUGCAUUACACUAUGAGCCCCAUAUCGACCUCGUAACAGUUACCUUCUCUGCAUUUCUUAACAGGACUACUACCUUCUCCAGUAUGCUUGAAAGGUUUACUUUUGGCAUUCUGUCCCAUCAGAGUAAAAGUGCCAUUCUCUCAGUCCGAAUAAGGGCAGAUUUAAUCGUCUGCCACCACAACCUUCUUUUUCUCAAUAAAGUGAGUGGAGUGGAAUAUUAAUAUUAUAACAAAUUAUUAAGUUGUAUUCCUAAUACAGUCUUUCAUAUUUGAAUAUUUUCAUACAGUAGAGUACUUAGAUUGUUUUUUUACUGAAUUAUUUUUAAUACCUUUUGUUUUAUUGUCAUUUGUAACAUUUUAUAUUUAUAUAUAUAUUUAUUUAUUUUUUAUAUUGUUCAAAAUAUAACAAAAAUGUCUGAUACAGAGUUAAUUAUAUAAAUAUAUUGUUUUGAUAGAGUAAGGCAAUUUUAUAUUGGUCUUAAUAUUCAACAACAGUUAUGUUACAGUAUUAUUACUUAUAGUUAUUGAACUUGCAUUGUAGUAUCAUAUUUUAUAUGAUUUUGUACAGGACAACUAUGUAAAUAUGACUAAUUUAGUGUUUUCAAAAGCCUUAUUAAUGUAAAAAUUACAAUUAUAACACAUCAUUUCUAA